AUGUCACAUGGACCUCCACGCGCCUUCCAACCUCAUGGUUACCCAACACCCUUGGCAGCACCGACCCAUCAUCGACAGUCCAUGAUGAACCAUCAGUUGCAGACCAUGACGACGGUCGCCAGUGCACAGCCCUUAUCGCCCGCAGUGCAUAACCAGCACGCCACAGCGGCAGCAGCAGCAGCGGCGGCAGCGGCGGCCGUGGGUGGAAGCAGCAGUGGAGCAGGAGCACCUACGAGCAGUAGCCAACAACAAGGUGUCAUGGCUAGCUCGCACGAGCAAAUCUAUUGUGGGGUCUGCCAGACGGUUCGGCCUGCCCACUAUUUCCCUGUGGAUCGACGACUCGAAUAUAACGUAUGUGAUCUGUGCCGCUCAAGAGAAUUUCAAAAACGAAAACAGCAGUUGGAGCGCUAUAACAACGACGUGUACGAAGAGCCUCAACAGCGAACGACGUUUAAACACGCGCGUUUUCCGCCACAGUAUAGUCAUUACGCUGCUGCCGCUGCACCACAGCAUAUGCAGCAACAGCAGCAACAGCAACAGCAACAACAACAACAGCAACAACAUCACCAGCAACAACAGCAGCAACAGCAUUUGUCUCCGCAGUCGCUUCAAACGCAGCAUCUGCAGGCGCCUUCUCCUUUAAGAAUGCAUCCUCAACAUCAUCACCAACAGCAACAACAACAACAGCAGCAGCAGCAGCAACCUGUGUCAUCGCCUCAGGUUAACAAACCCACCCUACCAUUGUCAUCUUCCAUCAUACCAGGCUUGUCUCCACAGCAACAACAAAGUUUAAAUAAGCCUCAUGGAUUGUUUUCUGCCUCACCACUGCGUGCACCGCCACCGCAUCACCAGCAGCAGCAGCAGCAGCAGGAACAGCAUCAUCAACCACAACAACAACAGCCUCUUACACAUCAUGUGCAUACUCAACAGCAACAACAUCAUCAUUCACAUCAACAACAACAGCAGCAGCAGCAGGUACCGCCUGUUUCGUUACCAUUGACACUACCUCAGCAGCCUCAGCAUGAAGCUCAAUUCCAUCAUCAACAACCGUCUCCGCUACCAUCGCAUCCACCACCGCCGCUCGCCCAACCUCCUCGAUCGCUACAUGACAUUUCUCCAGAACAACAACAACAGCAACAACAACAAAUACCCAUGCGGAUUCCAAUAAUUGAUAGCAAUAGCAGUAACACGACACCACCUAGUGCUACCGCUACUACUGCUGCUGCUAGCUCUGCCAAUACCCCAGCCAAAACAGGUUUGGCAACCAUGUCAUCCACUACGACUUCAACAACAACCAAGGGCAAGAGCAGUAACAGCAAAAGCAACAAUAACAGCACCAGUGAGACAAAGGCUGCUAGCAGUACGCAUCGAUCGCCUUCUUCAAAAGCAGCACAAAAUGAUGUCCAUUGUCAAGAGGUGUUGUCUCCCGAAGCAUUUGUGUAUGCACUCCAGCAGGAAACGGAAUUUGAGCGGAAGCAGUAUGUGGUGGAUAUCAAUCCAUUGAUAACACGGUUGGGUGAUGAGGCUGGUUUCACACAACUUGGUCGCGCCAUUUGCGAACACAUUUUGGCGGGCACAAAGUUUAAUUUUAGUAUGAAGGAUCGAAGACGGUCAACCAAGGCACCAGACACAUUGUCAACGCUGCGUUACUAUUGUUCUCAGCGAGCGGAUACGGCCAAACCUCGGAAAGGAGACCAUCCCAAAGCUGCAAAUCGAUACGACUGUGCUGGCGCGUUGACGGUGAUUAUUGAUCUGAGCAAAAAGACAGGCCAUGUCACGUUGAUCCACAAACACUCCCAUCCACCAUUCAUUCCACACCAUCACCAUCACCAUAACAGCCAAAACAAUGCCAAUGGUUCCAGCCGUAGAACUGCGAGUGGUAGUAACAGUAAAAACAACAACAACAACAACAACAACAACAACAGCAGCAAUAGUAAUAUGGCACAAAUCAACCAGCAGCAACAACAGCAGCAGCAACAGCAGCAGCAACAAAUGCGGUUGAUGAAGCAACGGCAGAAGCAGACGGAGAAACAGUUUGAAACUCUUCGACAAAGAGUAGCGGAUUUCGGUCGAUUGAUAGAAAGCCAGCAGAGUCUCAGGAACAAGGAAUUCAUCCAAACGGCCACCCAUGCGUUCAUGCAUGCGGACAAGAUGCUUAAUGCGUGUCGCUGGGUGGAGAACGCCUCGGAGGAUCAGCAACAAUUACAGCCACCAAACAAGUACACGUUGCAUUACAACAAGCGAGGCGGUAAUUUUUGA